AGCGUCGCGACGCUCAGCCGAGAGAGAAGCCGCGACGCCGACACGCGUCGCAACUGUCCGUCAUCCGAGGAGCUCACCAGGGCGAGAUAACAGUACCAGAAGUCUCUGCGACUGAUAUCGCGUUGCGCGCGUUAUCCCGGAGUCACUCCACGCUUUAGUCGAGUCACUUGGAUCGGUUAUCUGCCACGGAGAUGCCGGGGCUGAAGUGCUCGGAGGGGCCCGCGGGCAGCGGGGCGGGGCCCCGGCUCGCGCCGAGGGGCUGGUGCCUGGUGGCAGUGCUGGCUGCAGGCUGCGGCCUCGUCUACUGGCUGGACGACUGCCGCGCCGCCGUGGGACACGUCCGCCUGCCGGGCACGCUGCCUCGAGAGCGCGAGCGGCCCUUGAACCCGGGCUUCGUGGUGGACACUCCGGGCUGCCGCAUCCCGGCGCUGGACCCCUGGGACCCGCACGUGCGCCGCUUCGUGCGCAAGGAGCGGCCCGUGGACUGCGCCCGGGGCCGGCCGCCGCCGCUCGUCGCCUCCAACGACACGGCGCUGCUGCUGCACGCCUCGCUGGCGCCGCUCUACAACUGCACGGAGGCCGAGCUGUCCUGCUGCUACCGCCCCUACUGGCGCGGGCCCGACGGCGACGACAGCCUGGUGUUCUCGAAGAACUGCACGGUGUUCGCCGGGGACGUGGUGGUGGAGGACGAGUUCGUGACGGUGGAGUGCCACGCCGCGGGCCGGCGCGUCUACAAGGACGUGCACGCCUUCGUGCGGCGCAAGGCGGCGGCGGCGGCGGCGGCGGCGGCGGCGGCGGCGGGGGAGGGCGUCAGCGUGCUGGUGGUCGGCGUGGACGCCGUGUCGCGCCUCAACCUGCUGCGCCAGAUGCCGCGCACGCUCGCGCUGCUGCGGGCGCGCGGGGCCGUCGAGAUGCUGGGCUACAACAAGGUGGGCGACAACACCUUCCCCAACGUGGUGCCCGUGCUGUCGGGGCUGUCCGAGGCGGAGCUGCGCACCGCCUGCUGGCCCUCCGACAAGGACUUCUUCGACGACUGCCCCUGGAUCUGGAGGAACUUCAGCGCCGCCGGCUACCGCACGGCGUUCGGCGAGGAUGCGCCCUGGAUGGGCAUCUUCACGUACGUGAAGAAGGGCUUCCGCCGCCAGCCGACCGACUUCUACGCGCGCACGUACCAGCAGCUGGCCGAGGGCGAGCUCGGACACACCAAGCUGUGGAACGCCAAGCUGUGCGUGGGCUCGCAGCUCACCUUGCAGGCCAUGCUCGGCUACAUGUCCAAGUUCGCCGCGGCCAUGUCCCGCGACCCCUACUUCGCCUUCUUCUGGACCACCAGCCUCACGCACGACUUCCUCAACUUCCCGCAGCUCGGCGACGCCCACUACGAGGCGUUCCUGCGCCGCCACUUGGAGGCGGGCGACCUGAACCGCACCGUGCUCGUGUUCACCAGCGACCACGGCAUCCGCUGGGGCGACAUCCGCGAGACGUACCAGGGCCGGCUGGAGGAGCGGCUGCCCUUCCUCGUGCUGGCGCUGCCCGAGUGGUUCUCGCGGCGGUACGGCUCGGCAGUCGCCAACCUGCGGCGCAACGCGCGCCGCCUCACCACGCCCUACGACCUGCACGAGACGCUGCGCGACCUGCUGCACCUGGCGGACCUGGAGGAGGGGCGGCUGCGGGCACGGCGCGCCGCGGGGCGGGGCCGCAGCCUCUUCCUGCCCGGCUCCGACGAGCGCACCUGCGAGCAGGCGGGCGUGGACGCGCACUGGUGCACCUGCCAGACCAGCGAGCCGCUCAACGCCACGGACGAGCGCGUGGUGCGCGCCGCCGCCGUGGUGCUGCAGCACCUCAACGCCCUGCUGCGCGGCUACGGCGAGUGCGCGCCGCUGCGGCUGGCGGAGGUGCGCGGCGCGCAGAGGCAGCGGCCCACCGCCGCGCUGCGCCGCAGCCACGCCCCGGCCGACAUCGUGCUGGUGCUGCGCACCUCGCCCGGCGACGCGCUCUACGAGGCGACGGUGCGGCGGCGCGGCGACCGCGCCAUGGCCGUCGAGGGCGUCGUCAGCCGCAUCAACACUUACGGCGAGCAGAGCGCCUGCGUCGCCGACUACCACAUGAAGCUCUACUGCUUCUGCACGUCCGCCUCGUGAUGGUCGCGCCGGCACCCGGGGCUCAUCAUCGCACACUGUCGCGCGCCGCGUCGUUCUCGGGCAAUUACCCGUGGUUCACCUUCAGCCCGGGGGGGAAGUGGGGAGGUUAUGAUUCCACGCGCUCAAUUCCUUCAGUGGUGACCCAGAGUGCAGGAGUAUCGUGCUACUAGUUUUGUUUCAGUUUAGUUUUGAUAGGUUAGGGUUUAGUUUUUUUUAUUUCAACGUCACGUGCAGCUCUCAGGAUGAAAUACAUGUUUUUAUUUCAUUACUGGAAUCGGAGUGUGGUGUGGGUUCAACCGAUUAGCGAGAAGAGAGAAAUAUAACGGGAGUUCCGCCGCCUGUCUCCCGGUUUACUUAAAGAUCAGCGAGGUUUCCCCCCCUUCCCCCCCGUUUACUUUCGAAAGUCUCCGGAAAAAUUCCUCUCCGACUGAUACCAAGAGUUCCGGGCCCGGAACAACUCCGCGGGGUGGAUAGGGCGUUGUGACGAGGCGCGGACACGUGGUUACAUCACGUGCCGAGUGUCGAUGGCCGUGAGGCGAAGCAGAGCCAUACUCUGGGCAAGCAGAGCUCGAAAUUUUCACAUCAAGAGCUCUUCCCUCGGCGCUCUGAACUACUUCAGGCAAACAUGUUCAAUGCGGUCUUUAAAUGAUUCGUGCAAUGUGUAAAUACGAUUCAAUACAAUCAUUUGGAAAUACACCAUUGCAGUUCUGCACUGUUUGUCACGGAAAAAAAUUCAAGAAUGCAAAAUAAAACUUAAAUUCACAGAUAAAAAGCGUAAAUCUGAUGUUGAACAUACAGACCCAACGCUGAAACAAAAGAGGUACCAAGGACAGCACAGUGACGACAGCACAGACGAACUCAUUCAAAAUUUAGAUAGCAGUCAGCACAAGAAUUUCGUGGAAGAAAUUUAGCCAUGACAAAUUAACAGAACAGAGGAACAUAGCGGGCUAGCAACGACGGGACAGUUACAACAAGAACAGUGAAUGCAGUCAGAGAACGCAGCAAACACACAAACACAACUACGACAAUUAACGGGUAUUAUGGACAAUACAACGUCGACACCGACGAACACGGUAGGUUCGAUUAGUUAAAGGCUUGUUCUCAUAGAAUUUAUGUCUUCAUUUUUAUUUUUAUUUUUUUUUAUUUUUGCAUUCUUGAUAUUUUUUUUUCCCCCAAUGACAUGACGUAUGUCCAAAAAAUUGUAUUAAAUCAAAUAACAUGUUCAUAUUUCACGAGCGGCUACACACAGCCUGAACAUGUUUCUUUCUAGGCCGUUUCUCAUUCAACGUAAACAUGUUGGCAAAGUAUUUCAGAACGACAUCUCUUCUACUUAAGCCAUAAGCCACUGAUUAGCUGCCGAGUGUUCAGAGUAUAAAUAAUCAUUUUGCGAAAAACGCAAGAUGGAGAAUAUUCCCGGCACUAGUUCGUGUAAUAAUUUUCCUGAUUGCAACAAAAAAAAAAGGAUCAACAGGCAAUUAUUUUAGUGUUUUAAAAUUGAUGCUGACACAGAGAAUAGGAUCCAUAACACAUUCUUUCGACGUCGGUAAACAUUCGUUUUGUGUCAAACGCCGUGUAAACGUACACUUUCGGGUUUGCGAACAUGUUUACUUAAAACCUCGUUCAAUUUAAGUAGCUCCGGCGUUGAAAGACCUGGCCGCACUGCAGGUGCGUGGCUCGCCGGACCUGUAUAGUCGUCGGCAGGUGCGUCGACACAACUUGCCUCUCCUCGGCGGCGGUAUGGGUUUGGACCCGGCAAUAGGGCUUAUCGCCGCCUGAGAGACAGUCCCGAAGCUCUCUGACGGACCGACAGCCCGUAGCCCGAGCUUACCUCUGUCCAGCUUGUCUCGUGGCUUGUCCUGUCGCCCGCGCGAGCACGAGAGAGAAGUGCGGGCAGGUUCCAACAUGUCUCGAAAAUCUCAUGCUUGAGUCCGAGCUGUGCUGCUGGGAACCCGGUUUACAAAAAAAAAAAAAAAAAAAAAACGUUUUAUUGACACCUGGUCCUGCAGCGUGAAGAGACAUAAUGCCGUGAUUUCAAUUUAACUAUUCUUGAAAUAUACCACGAAAUACCAUUGGCGAAGAAAAAAUAGUUUCACCGGUGUGAGACGACACGAAGAAAGUGAAACCUGAAAUAUAUGGCAGUUUUGAUCAUUAAAAUUUUCAGAUGUUACUUUUUUUUUAGUUAUAGCGAAAGACGAUACCGUUAGGUUAUAAUAUAAACUUUUUAAUAGUGUAAAAGAUACGCUGACGAGAGCAAAGCAGUUAUGUUCACACUCACAAUAACAAGCAAGUGCGUGUAGAGAAAGGAAAUUUUCUUGCCAAAAUGUUACAUUUUUUAAAGUAGACGUUAAAAAGCGCACAAAGUAGGGAAACCGGGAUUAACGCGGCGUAGCCUAUUUGAUGUAUGUAUUAUUAGAAUGAUUCUUGCAAUGGAGAAUAUUGUUAGAAAUGAUUUCAUGGGAAAACUAAAUUACUAUUUUACACUGAAUAGACAACAAAGAUGAAUAAACACACGGUUACAUACCUAUUCAGCACAGGGAAUUUAAUGGAAUUUAUUUAUUUGUUUUUCUUAUUUUUAUACGUUUUACAACAGAUUUAAAAAAAUAUAUAUAUAAUUUUUACAAAUAAAAAUAAACCUUAAAUAUAAAUACAAAAAGUGAUCACUAAAAAAUGUAAUAAACUAAGAAAACAGCUCACACUUAAAUUACAUAUGAUUAUUUUUUAAAAACAUAUAUGAUCUUAAAUGGUGGUCUCAUUCCUUACAGAGAAAAAAAAUGCACGAUGUAAAUAUAAAAUUUAAAAGGAAAAUAGAUAAACAAGAACAAAUACUAUAAUUAAAAAACAUUGUUAAAAAACUUAAAACUAUUCAUUACUUAAACAUAUAUGUAAAGCCAAUUUAUUUCCCACUUAAAACUUAAUUUAUUAAAAAAAUACAGCACAGAACAAGACAGUAGGCUGACAACGACCAUAGAACAAACACGGUAUGAAACUAAACGCACAAUCUGGACGGCACAACGACGAAACGCGAUCUCGGACGCUUUGUUGUCCGUUCUUGAGGAUUUUCUACGACCGUCUGCGUGAACUGACGAGUGAUCCAGAGAGAACUCGUCUGGCUAACCGAAGUCAAGGUUGCAGGACGGAAAUUCGAACCCGGUUUCUCCCGAACGUAGAGUCCAAAGAAUGCUAUAUCUCGACUCCGUUGUAGAAGUUAACGUAAUCCAAUGACUUGAGUGACAUCCAUCAGCCGAGAAAUCCCGAAAGAAUGGGGGAGGGGGGGGGGAACAUAUGUUCUCAAUUUAAACCCAGAUAACAUUAGUGAGACACACUAUAUCUCUCGAAUACAAUUUCUCGUACAAUUCCGCAAACAAUUCAGUAUCAUUAAACAAUUUCCUUGAUGAUAUUAACUUGCGCGAUUGCACAUAGUUACGGGUUUUUUAAUCAUACGCUGUAAUUUUUUUUCGUAAAUGUAACAGAAAUAUUAAUGUAAAAUUACAGAUAUUUAUGCUUUGUGUUUUCUCAGUACCUCCAAUAGUAAAACUUAUUUUUAAAACGUUCCCUGAUAGUAUUCGAUUAUUAACUGCGCACAUAAUGAGCAUGGUACAACUAAAUAAAGUGAAAUUGUUGAACAUUCGAUCAUCUUUUUCAUGGAUAAAAAAAUAUACUUGAAUGAAACAUCAAUUAGAAUAUAUAAUUAUUAUGAUACAAUGAUACAAAAAAAUAACCAGAAUAACAUUAGCUUAAGUAGGAUGACGGUUUUAUUUUACGUGUGAAUUUAUGAGGUUUGAAGAGUAUUUUAAUGUCAUUGGUUCACAAUGUUUACCUCACACGUAAACUCUGUUUUUCAGAAAUAUUUGGUUUGCGAAUUAUAUUAAUUGGUAGAUUAUUUUAAUAAAUUUCAUUGGUUUAAAGGAGUGUUUUUUUUUGCAGCAGGAAUUAGAACCUGUAGUUUGUAUUAGAGAGUUAUAAAUGCGGUCGCGCCGAAGAUCUUGACUUAGCUGUGACCAGAAUGGCGUGAAUGUCACGGGAAAAACAAUAAACGGUAGUUUAUGCGUAGGCAAGGGACGUUUAUUUCUUAUGGUGGUUCGUCAUUCGUCUGUGUUGUUCGCUCGUUUAUUAUUUUCGCUGGCUCAUACCUCGAGGUAGGAAACGAUCAUUCAAAUACACCUGAUUAUUGUUACAAAAACAUUAGUUAUUCUAUUGUUCAUCUCGUGCCAAAUGAAAUCAAUUGACAAUAAACUCAGACUCUAUACAGAACGUUUCAUUCUUAGAUUGCAGUGUGCAAUUAAAUGAACAUUUACUGUCUCUUUCCAAUGCACUAUUUCUGCCUUUAGCGCUGUUCUUGUUUCAGUGUGCUCUGUUGCCAGAUCUACACCAAGGAGCAAAAACGUUCUAGACACAACUUUUUAAUGAAAUUAUUUUUUAAAAAUCUAUUUGAAACCUUAUAUUUUGAAAACUUUAAUUUGUAACGAGGUUUUUGAAACCACAUUUUUCUGUUUUAUUUAAUCAAGAAAUUAAUUAUAUAAUAUUCAUUAUUUAUUUCUAAGGAGUGGUAAUUGAAAGACACCAUCUUGUUUUCAACGUUUUGCAAUUAUUAUUAUUAUAUCAUUAUUUUUUUUUUUUACUCUUUUGAGCAAAGCACAUCAUUUUAUGGAAUUAUUUGUUAUUUGUAGGUACAGACUGCUACAAAUAGUUUUCCCCGUAAAAUAAUUAUUUAUAUUUAGAAUAUAAUUUUUUUUUGUCAGAAUGACUAUAACUGUGAUAAUAUUAAUAUACACUAAUUUAAAGUCUUGAAAAUAAACAUUCAGUAAAAUUAAAAACCAAAUAAAACUUAAUAAUGUUAAAGAUGAUAUAGGCUACAAAAUAAAAUGUUUGUUUAAUGUUAACAAUUCGGGUGGAAUGGAAUCUGACAACAGUGGUUGCCAUUUACUCUGAACUGCAAUCUAAGCGUGAGACAGACUAUAGACUAAAGCACAAAUUGACUGACGUAUAAUGAGAAAGAAUAAUUUUAAAAAAAGUGUUUUAUGUAAAAGUUAAUUUUUAAAGUUACCAAAUAUAUAUUGCUUUUUUUUUUACUUAAAAGGCUGUGAUAAGUGUUAAAUGUAAGUGUGCAAGUAUUAGCUCGUAAUAUUUAUUGAGCCACAAUGUUAUAUGUAAAUUACCUAUAUGUAUAAAGUUUGUGGCAGUUUUGUUAGCCACACGUAAAUGUUAGCGAAGAAACCAUCUUUAAAACUUUUGCUACAGCAUUCACAUUUUAAAAUUACAAUGACAAACUUGCGUGAAGUUAUAUAGACUCGACAAAAUUCAAAAUUAAAAUCAUUCUGCAGAAUGUGGUUAAGAUAAAAAUGUGAACGGAUUUACUGCUGUGGUUUGUGGUAAACUGCUUUUAAGACAUUAUGCUGAUAUGUUACAAAGCUGUGCUUAAGCAGUAUUUCGAAGAACGAACAUACUUGUACCUUGUUUCUAAGUUAAAAAUUAAAACGUUUGUUUGUUGAAUGUUUUCAGAAAAUACGUGUAUAUUUUAAUAAAA